UGUUUUGCUUAUGAAAUGACGGCAGUGAUCAACCGACAUCAUUCCAAUUUCAUCACGGUUUUGGUUGAUUUUUCAAUAAAUCGCUUUGUGCACCGCGAAUAUCAAUCGAAUUUGUGUAAUAAACAGAUCCGGCUGCGCCAAAAUGACCCUCGUGAAGGACAAACCCGACCACAGUGAAUACUUCGAGUGGUCACCGGAAGAUGAAAUCCAGCUGUUCUUCGCCAUGGAAGGGAUUCGCCCGGUAGGAAUCAAUCGACACUUUGCCAUCGCGUGUAUAACCGAAAGGCUGUCCAAGGCGCUGAACUGGGAAGUCACUAGCGAUAUGGUGUGGUCCCAUCUGAGGACAAUGUACAAUCUAAAGGCGUUGGACGACCAGGAACAACUUUCGCUUCCGAACGAGGAAUCUGAUUUCAGCUUACCGGAAGCGGAAUUUUCCUCCGUCAUGAAGCGGAAGUCCGUUGAGGAGCCCAUCACAAUCACUGAGGAGAGCAAGAAAGUGGAUGCCAAACCGGAACCAGUUGUUAAACCUGGCAAAGAAAAGGAAGCACCGGAAAAAGAGAAACCAAUUGACAAGGAAAAAGAUACCAAAUCAAGCAAAGCAAAGCACGAAAAUCCAGAAAGCACUCCCAAGCGGCCACAGAAGCGUACCCGGGGAUCCAUGUCGCUGGAACCGAAUGCCAGCAGUCCCGCCAGUACACCACCGAAUGUACAGAGCAGUAAAAGGCGGCGAAUAUAGAGGUUUAUUAUGAUAAAUGAGGAUUAAUACAUACUUAAGAUUCAUUUGAAUGGUUUCAUGUUUUAAAAAGAUCAACUCACAAAUAAGAUUGAUAGAUUAUUUAAGUAAAUUUCAAUAAACAUAACGAAUACUGCAAAAUAAAGUAACUCCCAAAAAUUUCGUAGAGAAAA